AUGGAGUCCGAUUCGCCUCUUUUCGGUUCGUUUCCUCCCAGUCCACAUGAUUUGCUCCUCGAGAGGCUUGCCGGUGUUGGGGUUCCUAAGGAAUAUUGGUCUAAACGUGGUCUAGUGGAAUUCGUUAAAGCUAACCAGUCCAUGAUUUCGGAGAUAGUCUCUGCUCUCUUACCUAGAGAUGAAGAUGUUAAAAUAGGAUUGAAGGAAUCUAGGGAACGGUCUCGAAAGUCUGCGGUAAGUCCUAGCAUGAAAAAGAGGUUUAGGGAGAGCAUGAAUUGGCUGCAGUGGUUGAUGUUCCGGGGUGAGCCUGGUGUUUCUUUGAGGAAUCUAGCAAAAUCGAAUGUUGAUCAGCGAGGUGUUUGUGGCUCCGUCUGGGGACACAAUGAUAUAGCAUAUAGGUGUAGGACAUGCGAGAAUGAUCCAACUUGUGCAAUCUGCGUGCCUUGUUUCCAGAAUGGGAACCACAACAACCAUGAUUAUUCGAUUAUUUACACAGGUGGUGGUUGUUGUGAUUGUGGGGAUGAGACGGCAUGGAAACGGGAGGGUUUCUGUUCAAAGCAUAAAGGUUCUGAACAGAUUCAACCUCUCUCAGAAAAUCUAGCAAAUUCAGUUGGGCCUGUAAUUGAUGCCCUUUUUGCUUGUUGGAACAACAAGCUCUUAGCUGCAGAAAGUAUUGGUCAGAAAGAUGCUAGAUCCAAAGACUCUCUUGUAGUAUUCCAAAAGAUGUCAAACGAGCUGACAUUUGUAGUGGUUGAAAUGCUUCUGGAAUUCAGCAAGUCCAGUGAGAGUUUGCUCAGUUUUGUUUCUAGAAGGAUUAUCUCUUCAAGUGGUCUAUUGAAUAUUCUCGUAAAGGCUGAGAGGUUCGUGGACCAAGAUGUAAUGAAGAAACUACAUGAUUUGUUCCUCAAAUUAAUAGGAGAUCCAGUCUUUAAGUCGGAAUUUGCAAAAGCAUUUGUGAGUUAUUAUCCAGUUGUCAUAGGUGAAGCGGUUAAGCAGGGUAAUGAUAAUGCAUUCAAGAAAUAUCCACUGCUGUCUACAUUUUCUGUGCAAAUCCUCACGGUGCCAACUCUAACACCAUUUCUGGUGAAGGAAAUGAAUCUGCUAGCUAUGCUUUUGGGAUGCCUCAGUGAUAUCUUUCUUUCUUGUUCUGGGGAGGAUGGUGUGCUUCAGGCUUCAAAGUGGGAACGGUUGUGUGAGAUAAGUGAGCGUGUCAUUGGAGACUUGAAAUUUGUUAUGAGCCAUGCUGUAGUUUCUAAGUAUGCAACACAUGAACAUCGGGAGUUAUCAAGAUCAUGGUUGAUACUCUUGACCUCUACGCAAGGAAUGAAUCCUCUAAAAAGAGAGACUGGAAUCCCUAUUGAUGAAGAAAAUGAGUACAUGCAUUUGUUCUUUGUCUUGGGUCAUUCAAUAGCUGUCAUUCACUCUCUGUUGGUUAAUGGUACAUAUUCUGCUCCCAGUGAUGAAGAAAUAGAAAAUGAGAGAACCACCAAGGCAGAAUCUGGUAAGUGUAAUGGAGAUGGAGAAAGGUAUGCAAAAGUUGGGAGAUUGUCUCAUGAUGAUUCGGUAUGUACUGCGAUGGUAAGCAGCAGCUCCGUUGAUAGCUCAAUGACCUCUGAAGUCCACAAAAUUGACCCUUUCCAUGCCCUGCUUCCUUCUUCUGCCAUAUGGUUAAUACGCGAAUGUUUGAAAGUUCUAGAGACAUGCUUAGGAGAUGAUGAAGGUAUAUCGAAGUUCCUUUGCAAGUUGCUUUCUCCUAAUGGCAAAAACAUCCCUGGCAGCAAGAUUUCGUGGCCAAAGAGAGAAUUGCUAAAGGUUGAAACUGGAAGAAGUGUAUCUAGUGGUCUUGCCAGUUCUAGUAGAGAUCCGAGUACUGGCUUAUCACCUCUAUGUGGCGACAUACAAACAAAUCUUAGCUUGGAUAAUGUUGGUGGGCCGAAUAGGGAGGUUCAGACAGACAUAACAGCUGAUGCAUCAGAAGUACAUAUUCUUGGUCUGUGUGAUUGGCCGGACUUCAAGUAUGAUGUGAGCUCUCAGGCCAUAUCAGUUCAUCUACCUUUACACCGGUUACUUUCUUUGCUCAUAGAAAAAGCAUUAAGGAUAUGCUAUGGAGAAUCUGCAUUGCACCAUGGAGUCAGUGUUAGUCAUGAGAUCCCACAAGCAGACUUCUUUAGCUCUGUGAUAGGAAAUUUCCAUCCAUAUGGAUUUUCGGCACUCGUUAUGGAGCAUGUUCUUCGGGUUAGGGUGUUCUGUGCCCAGGUUAUCGCUGGAAUGUGGAAGAAGAAUGGGGAUUCUGCAUUAGUAUCUUGCGAGUGGUAUCGGUCAGUACGUUGGUCAGAACAGGGACUUGAGCUUGAUCUAUUUCUUCUGCAAUGUUGUGGUGCGUUAGCUCCGGCAGAUUCUUAUGUUGAUAAGCUUCUCAGCCGAUUUGGGCUCUCGAGCUAUCUUUCACUCAAUCCGGAUGUAACAAAUGAAUAUGAACCAGUUUUGGUCCAGGAAAUGCUUGCUCUUCUGAUACAGAUUUUGCAAGAAAGGCGAUUUUGUGGUCUUUCUACUGCUGAAAGUUUGAGAAGAGAGAUCAUCUUCAAGUUAGCCACUGGAGAUUUCACUCAUAGUCAAUUGGUGAAAUCUUUACCCCGUGACCUGUCCAAGUUGGAUGAGCUCCAGGAGGUCUUAGACGAGGUUUCGGUCUAUUGUAAUCCAUCUGGCAUGAACCAGGGAAAGUAUUCACUACGGUCAUCUUGUUGGAUGGAAUUGGAUCUCUACCAUCCUCGUUGGCAUUCGAGAGAAUUGCAAUCUGCAGAAGAAAGAUUUUCCCGCUAUUGUGGAGUGUCUGCGUUGACCACUCAGCUCCCUAGGUGGAGAAUGAUCUAUCCGCCUCUAAAGGGGCUUUCUAGAAUAGGCACUUGCAAAGUGACAUUUCAAAUAAUUUCCUCUGCUUUAUACUACGCACUACAGAGUGGUACAUCUGUUAAAUCACGCGCUCCAGAUGGCGUUCUCAUAACUGCACUGCACUUACUCUCGUUAUCAUUGGAUAUUUGCACUCAGCAGAAGGAAUCUAGUAUUCAGACUUGUUGUGUAGAAGAUCCAAUUCCGAUUCUCGAAUUAGCUGGUCUGGAUAUAAUUGGCAUGAAUCAAGGGACUGGAAAACAAAGUUUGUUGUCUCUUCUUGUUUCGUUAAUGAGGACUCGUAAAGAUGAUGGCCUUUAUCAAAUCCCAGAGGCAGGCAGUUGCAAUAUGUCAUCCUGGAUUGAAAAUCUGCUGAAGAAGUUCAGUGCAAUUGAUUCUGUUUGCAUGAGGGUAUUGCAAAGUAUUGCCCCAGAGGUGGUCGGUGAAUCUGGCUUUGAUAAAGUCUCGUCAGGCUCUACUUCUGAUGAGAAACGCAAGGCUAAAGCUAGAGAGAGGCAGGCUGCUAUUCUGGCAAAAAUGAAAGCUGAACAAUCAAAAUUCUUGUCUUCCUUGAGUAACGGCAUGGAUGAUGAUGAUCCAAGAUCUGAAACUGAAACAAGUGAUUCUGUGAUGGAAGAUGAUUCAGAAAUUGCUGUCCGUGAAGUUUGCUCCCUCUGCCAAGACCCAGAUUCCAAAGACCCCAUUUCUUUCUUGAUUUUUCUCCAGAAAUCUAAACUUUUGAGUUUUGUGGAUAGAGGUCCUCCAUCUUGGGAUCAAGGUCCACAGUCCGAAAAGAAGGUAUCUGUGGACGGAGCUCCCGAUCUCCUGGGAAUGAAUGUUUCCUCAGAUAGUUUAAGAAUGAGACCUCUUGUGCUGCAAUUGUUAGAUGAUGCAACCUCUGAGUCUGCUACAGAUUCUGUGCUUGAAUCUUUAAAAGCCCGGCUUAAAGGGAAUGGUCAGAAAGAGAAGAGGUCUAGCGAUGGGAGGGGAAAAGAUGGAUCUAACAUGGAAUCAUUGGAGAUGGCUAUGUAUCAAACUAUUCGUAAAAAAAUUGAAAACUUGAUAAAUCACAGCCUUACAGAUGUAGAUCUUCGACAGCUUGAAGCUGAAAGUAGUUCAAAGAGAAAUUCUGUUGGUGGUCCAUCUACUUUGCAAGGUAGAUCUGCUGAUAUUCGAUCAAGACAGACCCCUAGACAUCCUGAUAUCAGUUCAGAUGGGUUUCAUCCUAUCGACUGUGAUGGGGUUUAUCUUUCAUCAUGUGGACAUGCUGUGCAUCAAAGCUGUCUUGAACGAUAUAUAAACUCAUUAAAGGAAAGGUCUAUCAGAAGAAAUGUCUUUGAAGGUGCACACAUUUUAGAUCUAGAACAGGGAGAAUUUCUCUGUCCUGUAUGCCGCCGACUAGUCAAUUCCGUAUUGCCUGCAUGUCCUGGAGAUUUGUGUUCUAUUUCAAAGCUACAAGAAAGUUCUCGUGCUAAGUUAGGUAGAUCAGAUGCACAGAAGCCUUCUCUUGGGCUCUCUGAAGCGUUGUGUCUACUACGAUCUGCUGCUGAAGUGAUUGAAGAUGGUGAUAGCCUUAAAACAGUUUCUCUGCAUGGAGAUGAACCAAGAAGGAAAGAUCUUGAAUCUGUCUCUAACAAGCUCUGGCAUAUCUAUUUUUCCAAGGAAAAAUUUCCGGGAAGUCCGUGGCUACCACAAUCAAUCGUCAUGUGGGACACUCUUAAGUACUCUCUUAUUUCGAUGGAAGUUGUUACUCGUUGUGCAAAGAAUUCAAUGCUUCCUGUCUAUUCUACUAACUCCUUGUAUGAGGAGUUUAAAUCCUCUAAGGGAACUGUUUUGUCACUCUUAUUACGAGUGGUACAGAGCACCCGAACAAAGAAUGCUAUUCAUGUUCGCCAGAGAUUAAUGGGUAUGAAGCAUCUUGCAGAGUCUAUUUGCUCUGGAAUUUCAAGUAGUUCUUCCAGCAGCAUAUUUGGAAGUGAAGGCACAACAGGUUCAUUGAAGAAUAUAAACCUGCUCUGGAAUCGAGCAUCUGAUCCAGUUCUUGCCCAUGACCCAUUUUCAUCACUGAUGUGGGCUCUCUUUUGUCUCCCUUUUCCUUUUAUCACAUGCGAAGAUUCUCUAUUAUCACUUGUGCAUAUUUUCUACAGUGUCUCUCUUGUUCAGACUGUAAUUGCUUAUUGUGCAUGUCGCCUGUGUGAUGACUCAAGUGAGUUAAAUUUUGAGGAAAACCUGCUUAAUGACAUCUCCAGCGCUUUGAGAGAAUCAGGUGGUUGGGGGUAUUUCAGGUCCAACAAUAUGGAUUUGUCAUGUGAUAUAAAAGAUACAAUCCGUAAAUUUAGUCUUCCCUUCUUGAGGAGAUGUGCAUUAUUCUGGAGGCUACUGAAAGCUACUCCCGGGAAGUUUCACGAAGAGCUAGAUAUGUAUGAUGUGCCAUCUGAUUCCACUGGCGACAAUAUGGAUUUCAUGUACACUCCCCAAUCUGAGCUGAAUCAUGUGCAAGAAUUGGAGAAAAUGUUCAAGAUUCCUCCUAUCGAUGCCAUUCUCAAUGAUGAACUUCUCCGGUCUUCAACACGAACAUGGCUCCAGCAUUUUCAGAGGGAAUACAGAGUCAACAGAGUUAAAACGCCCCUUUGCAUCAACCCUCUUGUUCCUUUUCAGCUAAUGAAAUUACCCAAUCUAUACCAGGAGCUACUGCAAAGGUGUAUCAAAAAACUUUGCAGCAACUGCACAAAAGUUAUCGAAGAACCUGCACUAUGUCUUCUGUGUGGAAGAUUGUGUUCUCCCAUGUGGAGACCUUGUUGCGGAGAAAGCGGUUGUCAGACUCAUGCAGUUACCUGUGGUGCUGGUACUGGUGUAUAUCUUCUGAUACGGCGGACCACAAUUUUGCUACAAAGAUUUGCAAGACAAUCACCAUGGCCAUCACCUUACUUGGAUACGUUUGGAGAAGAGGAUAUCGAUAUGAGCAGAGGGAAACCGCUAUACCUGAAUGAAGAACGUUAUGCUGCUUUAACUUACAUGGUUGGUUCUCAUGGACUCGAAUCCAGUUCGAAAGUUCUCAAUCUAACCACGAUCGGAACCUUCUUAACUUAA